AAUUACUGCAUACAAAACAUUUGAAGCCGAUACAAAGGCUUUUGAUACAACGCCCACUACAGCUGGCCUGGGUUUGUUUACAUUGCGAGCCACGUGCGUAGAGUCUGCACGUACGGAAGGGCUUCAUAUAUUCCCAGGCUAAUUUGGGACCUUUAAGUAUUAUUGAGGAUUUUGGAAGGGUUUCGAAGAGAGAAAUAGAGAGAAAGUGUGUGUAUAUGAGCUUGGAGGCCUUCAAGACACUCAACAGUCAGCACACCACGGUCUUUUCCUCAAGAUAAUAGAGUUUGUGGGGCAAGUCAGCUCGCAUCCCUCAAAUCCCCAACAAUAAAAUGAUGGCCAGUGUGGUGGGUGGCAGCCAGUGUUCCCUCAGUGUGUUGCUGAGGCGUGGCGGUGGCUUGAGGCAGGUCCUGGUGCGUGGAUUCUCAACACAUGCAGAUAAACCAAAGGCUGACUGUAGCAAGACUAAGCUAGCAGAUCACCAGAAGGAAGUAAUGAAGAGAGGGCUGCCCAGGCGCUCCAAGAUUCCUAACGUUAGCAAUGUCAUUGUUGUUGCAUCAGGGAAAGGAGGAGUGGGGAAGUCAACAACUGCAGUGAACUUGGCUCUUGCCCUGGCUGAAGUGGACAACUGUGGGGUCGGUUUGCUUGACAUGGAUGUGUUUGGUCCGUCAAUACCUCGCAUGAUGAACCUCAGCGCUCCACCAGAAAUAGACCAAAAUGACAAGAUGGUGCCUCUUUCAAAUUAUGGCAUACAAUGUAUGUCAAUGGGAUUCUUAGUGGAAGAGAAGGCAGCAGUGGUGUGGCGAGGGCCGAUGGUGAUGUCAGCUGUCCAAAGACUAUUGUUGCACACUGCCUGGGGACCUGACCUCAAGUAUCUGGUGUUGGACAUGCCACCAGGAACAGGCGACACUCAACUCUCCAUAUCACAGUUGAUUGAUGUAACAGGUGCCAUCAUAGUGUCAACACCUCAAGACAUCGCCCUUCUUGAUGCUCGGAGAGGAGCAGAAAUGUUCAGCAAAGUUCACAUACCAGUGCUUGGUCUUGUUGAAAAUAUGAGUGUCUUCUGUUGUCCUAAAUGUGGGCACCAGGAACAUAUAUUUGGGCAGCUUGGAGUACAGAGAAUGGCCGAAGAAUUAGAUGUUGAUCUUCUUGGUGAAGUUCCAUUAAAUCUAUCCAUUCGAGAAGGUGCUGACCGUGGAAGGCCUAUUGUAAUAUCUGAAUGCAGCAGUCCACAGGCCAGGAGUUACUUCAAUAUUGCUGCCAAGGUUUCACAAAAAGUGGCACAUUUGAAGACUAAGUGAAGUGAAAACUGGACACACAUGUAGGGAGUGAAUCGUGAAUCCAUCCCAUGCAAGACUAGAAGCUUAGUGGAAGCCUGACUUGAGGGAAUGGUAGAAGAAUGAAUGAACACACACAUUCAACUCAAUCCAUCUCUCUCUCUCUCUCUCUCUCUCUCUCGUGAUAUUGUAAAUAUUAAAUAAUUAUACUUUGAAAUACAGAUUCAUACAGUUUCAGAGGACAAGUGAAAGAAACGGGUUUGCACGAGUAUGUUAUGCUUAAAUAAUAUUUUGCACUAAAUAUAAAGGUUUUGAUGUACAAUAUCAAAGUUUUUACUCUCCAGAGUUAAUCACAUAAUAAAAUAAUACCUUUGGUCCCAUACAUGUUAAGUUUAAGAGAUUUAUAUUUUACUUUAACAACUUGAAUACACCUCUUGCAACUCCUCAUA